GUGGAUUCUGAUUUCGCUCUCCGGUGCCUAGCUAGCUACCCCUGGAUAGUUGCGUCGGGGUUCAUCCUCCACGGUGUGUAUAUUAUGCGGGCUCUAUCCUGGUCUCUGCGUUCUGAUUCCACAAAGCUCCCAAGAUUCUUGAGUAACGCAAUCUUCGAUACUCUAUUUUUUUUUUUUUUUUUUCAAAUAUUCCAGCAUCCAUCCCGGGAAUGUCUUCUUCUUCUUCUUCUAUUCUUCCUGACCCUCCCCAAGAGACCGAGUCUACGAAAGGCCAGCUCCUCUGCAUUACUAUCCUGGGAUACCGUAAGCCCGGGAUGAGCGAAGAGGCCUACAGACGCCAUAUGACGGAGAUUUCCGCGCCGCUCACGCAGGACCUGAUGGUCAAGUAUGGGAUUCUCCGCUGGACGCAGAUCCACAAUCCAACUUCUACGCGCCAGCUCAUGUACCAAAUCAUGGACCCGCAGAUGGCCAACCUUGCCGACUACGACUGCUUCAGCCAGGUUGUGUUCCGUAGCAUAGAGGAUUACAAGAAGAUCAAGGAGGAUCCCUACUACCAGCAGCAUUUGGUUGGGGACCAUGAGCGGUUUGCAGACACCAAGCGGAGCCAGGUGACCAUUGGAUGGAUCUCGCAGUUUAUUGACCGCGGUGUUGUGGUGGACGGGUUCAACGAGGGGUUUGAUAUCCACAGUCUGUUUAGUGUUGUGUCCCUUCAGCCUUGUUCUAGUCCGAUGGCUUCUCCGUCCUCUCCCCUGGUCGCCAUGGCCAUGAUCUCGGGGUCCUUUUUAUCAGGCGCAAUGACAGCCCUCUCCGCCAUGGCUGUCCCAGUGCUCCUCGACACCACCACGCACCCGCCCCAGCUCUUCCACCAAUGGGUGCGCAUGUUCCACUACGGCCAUCUCACCCUGCCCACCCUAAGCGUCGCCACCUCCCUUCUCUACGGGUAUAUCGCGGCGAGCCGGAAAGCCUGCAAGAAGCCCUGGAGAACAGCGGCGCUCGCGGGAAUCGCCACGGUCAUGAUGGUUCCGUUCACCUGGGUCUUCAUGAGCCCGACGAAUAGCUUGCUGUUUCAGCUGGAGGCUGCGAGCAGGACAAUGCCGGAUGUGGCGACGGUGGAAGAGGCAAGGAGGUUGGUGGUGAAAUGGAGCUGGAUGCAUUUAGCCCGGUCGGUUUUUCCUCUUGCGGGGGCGGCGCUGAAUAUUGGACAUUAG